GACGAGCAUGUUGAGACUCAGUAUGGGGACGUCCACUGCGUAAUGACAGGCACCCUGAAACCCAAUCGACCCGUCAUCCUGACCGUACCAGAUAUCGGACUGAAUCACAAAUCUUGUUACGAGUCUCUGUUUAACCACGAGGACAUGCAAGAAAUUGCCAGAUGUUUGCCAGUUUGUCACGUUGAGGCACCGGGACAACACGAGGGAGCUAAAACUCUGCCUGCUGUAUAUACGUACCCGUCCAUGGAGCAGCUCGCCGAGGUGUUGCCAGAUGUCCUGAAACACUUUGGGUUUCACAGCGUGGUUGGUAUUGGAGUUGGAGCAGGAGCAUACAUCCUGGCUAGAUUUGCU